CCCAGUAGUAUCCAUUCUAUCCGUUCUUUGCGUGUGGUUCACUUUCCGCGGAUGCACCACCGUGCCGAGUACUUUCCUUACCUUACGCCAUCAUUGGGAACGUCUCACAAAUCGGUUCCAAAGUACAAAGAACACCAGCCAUGAAGAUCCUUUCGUUCCUUGUCCUCGCAUCAUCUAUCCUCGGCAUGGCCAUGAGUGCAUGCAGCCCCAACAAUAACCAAUGCGAGACAAACAGUGGUUCCUGCAGCACCACGGUGGAAGUCUUUUUGGACUCCAUCCAUCCCAACGCGACCGUGGGCGACAUUCAGCGGGCUGCACGAGCCAAUGCUCGCCUCUUUCGCUACGGCAAGUACUGUGGUUCUACAAACUACUGCCCCCAAAAUGGAGCAAGCCAAAACCAACCAGAGCCCUGCAAUGACAUUGACGCGGCGUGUCAGACCCACGACGAUUGCUUGGCUUCCGAGGGUACUACACCCGAUGGAGAUGAACCUGUGGACUUUCCGGAUCGCUGUGAUUGCGACAUUGCCUUUGUCCAAGCCCUGAUCCCUCAUACGCCACCAUUCGGCAGUCCCAACGAGGACCUCUGCGACGCUGCCUUUUAUGACUAUCAAAUUCCUGAAGCGGCUAUUAUGGCCUUUCCGUUUUGUCAGGGCGUGGCUCUUGGUUGUCCCCCAGAAAAGUUGGUCAAUAUCGCUGACUACUGCAUGGCAAUCGAAGAGCAAUUCUUGCCCUGAUGUGAGUGAGCGCGUUUGGUCGAUCAUCCAAAGCCUUUGCGCCGAGUCAAAGCAAAGCUUCAGACAGAACUAUAGAAUAGAAUCAGCAAAGUAGAAAGCCUAGGAGUCUUUUUAUGAAUAACGUAGCCCAUACAAUACAUUCCAC